CCGGCUGCAGGUGUCCUUUACUUUACAGCGCUUGCUGGAGCCUCGCCUGGCAUUGGAGCUGCAGCCAAGUCCCGCUGCUAGUCGCAGCAGUAACAGGAGCGGUAGCAGGCAGGUGAAGGGAGCCAUCCAGCCCCCGCUGGGUUACAGGCAUAAAGAACUGAACACAACUGGUGUCGUUAUUAAAAGAUGGCAAAUAACAUAACAACAAUUUCUCGUGAGGAGCUGGAAGAACUAAAGGAAGCAUUCAAUAAAAUAGAUAUUGACAACAGUGGAUAUGUCAGUGAUUACGAACUUCAAGAUCUUUUCAAAGAAGCAAGCCUCCCCCUACCUGGUUAUAAAGUUAGAGAAAUUGUAGAAAAAAUUAUAGCAGUGGCAGAUAACAACAAGGACGGCAAAAUCAACUUUGAAGAAUUUGUAUCAGUUAUUCAGGAACUGAAAAGUAAAGAUGUUAGCAAAUCGUUUCGAAAAUCCAUAAACAAAAAGAAAGGAAUUACUGCAAUUGGAGGAACAUCAUCAAUUUCCAGUGAGGGAACCCAGCACUCUUACUCAGAGGAAGAAAAGGUUGCUUUUGUUAAUUGGAUAAAUAAGUCUCUCCAUGAAGACCCUGACUGCAAACAUCUUCUCCCUAUGAAUCCAUCGGAUGACAGUCUUUUUAAGUCACUUGCUGAUGGCAUCCUUCUCUGCAAAAUGAUUAACUUAUCCCAACCAGAUACAAUUGAUGAGAGAGCUAUUAAUAAGAAGAAGCUUACCCCAUUCACUAUAUCUGAAAACCUAGACCUUGCACUAAAUUCUGCAUCAGCUAUUGGCUGCACAGUAGUCAAUAUUGGCUCACAGGAUCUAAAAGAUGGAAAACCACAUUUGGUGUUGGGACUGUUGUGGCAAAUAAUUAAAGUUGGGCUUUUUGCAGAUAUCGAAAUCUCCAGAAAUGAAGCUCUUAUUUGUUUACUACGUGAUGGGGAAGAAUUAGAGCAAUUAAUGAAACUGUCUCCAGAAGAACUCCUGCUACGCUGGGUUAACUACCAUCUAGAUAAUGCUGGAUGGAAGAAAAUAAGCAACUUUAGUCAAGACAUUAAGGACUCAAAAGCCUACUUUCAUCUCCUGAAUCAAAUUGCACCCAAAGGAGGCGACAAUGGAGAAACUGCUAUUGCCAUUGAUCUUUCACGCCUUAAUGAGCAAAAUGACCUGAAAAGGGCUGAAUAUAUGCUUCAGCAAGCAGACAAACUGGGCUGCAAACAGUUCGUGACUCCUGCCGAUGUGGUAGCAGGAAACCCUAAACUUAAUAUGGCCUUUGUGGCAAACCUCUUUAACACCUACCCUGGCCUGCAAAAACCUGAAAGCUCUUCUUAUGAUAUUAAUUUACUAGAAGGAGAAAGUAAGGAGGAGAGAACUUUCCGAAACUGGAUGAAUUCUUUGGGUGUAAACCCUUUUAUUAACCAUUUAUACAGUGACCUUGCUGAUGCUUUAGUAAUCUUCCAGCUCUAUGAAAUGAUCCGUGUACCAGUACAGUGGAACCAUGUCAACAAACCACCAUAUCCUGUACUUGGGAGUAACAUGAAAAAGAUUGAAAAUUGUAACUACGCAGUGGAAUUGGGAAAGACAAAGGCCAGAUUCUCAUUGGUUGGUAUUGGUGGACAGGACCUCAAUGAAGGCAACCCAACAUUGACCUUGGCACUGGUGUGGCAAUUAAUGAGAAGGUACACUUUGAAUGUACUAUCAGACCUUGGAGAGGGUGAGAAAGUAAAUGAUGAAAUUAUUAUUAAAUGGGUGAAUCAAACUCUUGCAAAUGCAGAUAAAAGCACUUCAAUAACUAGCUUCAAGGACAAAUCUAUUAGCACCAGUUUACCUGUAUUAGAUUUAAUAGAUGCCAUUGCACCGAAAGCAAUUCGUCCAGAAAUGGUUAAAAGGGAAGAUCUUACGGAAACAGACAAGCUGAAUAAUGCUAAGUAUGCUAUUUCAGUUGCUCGGAAAAUUGGUGCUUGUAUAUAUGCCCUACCAGAUGACUUGGUAGAAGUGAAGCCAAAAAUGGUUAUGACGGUGUUCGCAUGCUUGAUGGGAAGAGGACUGAACAGAAUGAAAUAAAGAAGAUUUUUUUUUCAUAUUUCCUGCCACGAUAAACACAAUGAAUGCCUCAUUGUUUACAGACUAAUGAAAUUUAGUAGCUGUAAAACAGAGAUAAUUUAUAUACACAAAUAUGGAGAUGUAUAGAGAGAUUAUUUAAAAAGAAUAAUUGUUUAUAUUUAAGGUUUCAUCUGAAUUUUUUAUAUAUCAGUAAUUUAUGAGCUAACAUUACUAACAUAAUGCAAUAAUCAUGAUUAAAAUUACUAUUGUUAUAUAGCCUUUUUAAACAAAUAUUUUCUUGGUGCAGGGGUGGAAAACCUCCAGUUGUUUUAUACUCCAACUUCCAUCAUCCCCCAGCAUUGGCUAUGCUGGCUAGGGCUGAUGGGAGUUGUAGGCUAAAGCACCUGUCCAGCCCUGUGUUAAUACAAAGCGUAUCAAGAUUAAAAUGUUACUUUAGAGGUUGCUGUGAAAUUAAGAUUUUAUUUCUCUGUGUAUGUAAGCCCUAUACAUGAAAUAUCUUUAAAAAUCUGAUAACAUUCCAACCAUGUUACGUUGACCAAAAGAUCAGUAUCCUUGCCUUUAUUGCAAGGGACUGUCCAAAUUCCUGUUGGUAUUUUGGCUACAAAUUCAAAGCUGUAAAUCCUAUUGCACUGAAUGGGACUCAUUUCUGUUUUGAAAAGUCUAACUAUUAAUUGGUUAAACUAGCAGAUUAAUCAACUAAAGUUUUAGUUGUUUAAUUUUUGAGGGCUAAUUUCAUUUGCUGGAAUUGCAAGGCAAUCAAACUUGUGUAACUUUUUUGAGGCUGUCUUGAUUCAAAUGUAUUACCGUAAUUGGAAAUUAAAAAGAAAAUACUAAACAAUGCAGGCCACCAUAGCUGUAAUGCAUCCUGUCCCCUUGCCGUGGUUGAAGUAUUGAGGAUGAGGUGUAGGAUCUACCAUAAUUUCCCUUCAUCCUUACCCUGCUUGCCUUUAUCAUGAUUAACACUUAGGUCAGAACCUCUGUUAAAUGUGACUAAUGUUACCAAAGUUUGUAGUUAAUCAGGAUUUAAAUCCCCAAGUUCAAACCCCCAGGGGCUGAAGCUGAUUUUAAGCCUUCAUCGUGGAUAAGGCUGGUGAGGGAAGGAUGAAAGGAAUUUGCUCUGUAAAGGAGCAGGCACUUGGCCCUUUGGCUCAUCUCCUAUCCUUUAAGCAUGAUCAAGGAAUGGGAGGCACUACAUAUAUCGGUCCUUGAGUGGUAGGUUGUAUUUAUCAAAUUCAAAAUCUUGGCAUAACAAUACUUUGUUAUAUCCUAUAGCCCAUCAGCCAGUAUAUCUUUCACUAUGGGAUUGUACCCUUAGGUCACACCCCUAUGCACGUUUAAACUGAAUGCAUGUUUAGACAGACUGGGAAAUUCUGGGAGUUCAAGGGCUUUUUACUAUCUAAACAUGCAUAGGAUUGCUCCCUUAGUCAUUUAGGAUGCAAGACUACAGGAUAUGCCCUGGGUUCUCGUAAGCCUCCAAUGUAGAGUGGGAGACAGAGUGUGGCUCUCAAUCUGCAUUUUAGCUAAAUGUGGGAAUAGCUCAUAUCCCCACGUCCCUGGUUUCCUCCCCUCUCUGCCCACCUGCACACCGUUUUACCCCUGUAAGAGCUUGCGGUUGUGAAUUUGAAGCAGCAGCCAGUGUGUCUCUCUCGGCACUGGCUGCAAGGGUUAGGAGUAGGGAGUGCAGUUUCCUGUCUCCGACCUUGGAGUCCCAAAACCAAACAAUCCUAUAUCCUCCAGAUACUGUCUAGGGGGCAUAUGAUUGCUCUCUUAACCAAUUAAAAUGUAAUUGAUUAAUUCGACUAUUUUUUUUAAAAAAAAAUUGGUUUGCAACACUGGAAUUAUAGACAAAACCUGGUUCUUACUUAAAUGAUUUAUUUUAAAUCUGUACAUCUCCCGUUGUUGAGAUUUUUCAGUAGUGAUACUUGUAAAUAUCGAACAAGUGUUUGCUAAAGAAAAAUUAGCAAAUUGCUAAGGUUUGUGGUCUAGGAUAAAACUAAGCACAAGUAUAACAGUGACAAUAAGCAAAACAAAAUUAUGUAUGUAGUAAGCUUUGCAAUAAGAAUAAAUAUCUGAACUUUAAAAAAAUGUUAUAUUAAAAAGCAAUAAAGAGAGAUACCGAGUCCACUUCAGGGCCUUCCUUUAUAUGUGAUGUGAUUUCUUGUAAAUGUUUUU